CAAGGGCCCAACCCCAGGGCCAAGUCAAAAGGGAGCUCAGUACUAUCUCCCCACCGAGCCAGCUCAGCGGGCAGGGCCAGGAGGGAGUGGGACAGAUUCUGGGAGUGCGGCGGGGAGGAGUCCCGGUUGGGCUGAGUGCAGGGAGCUGCUUGGCAGUGCCAGAGCCCAGGCCCCAGAGCCCUGCCGGAGCAGAGGUGGACGGAGGAGGAGGCAGGCCCCGAGCCAGCGAGGUGAAGCGGUGAGAUGGCGGACUGCUGCUACACGGAGCUGGAGAAGGCGGUCGUUGUCCUGGUGGAAAACUUCUACAAAUACGUGUCUAAGCACAGCCUGGUCAAGAACAAGAUCAGCAAGAGCAGCUUCCGCAAGAUGCUCCAGAAAGAGCUGAACCAUAUGCUGACGGACACGGGGAACCGCAAGGCUGCAGACAAGCUCAUCCAGAACCUGGAUGCCAACCACGAUGGGCGCAUCAGCUUUGACGAGUACUGGACCUUGAUAGGUGGCAUCACCUGCCCCAUCGCCAACCUCAUCCGCCAGCAGGAGCAGCAGAGCAGCAGCUAGAGGCCCGUUCAGCACGCCCACCUCUCAGGCACUGGCCUGAUGCCCACCCAGGUGUCUCCCCAGGCUCCCUCCUCCUCCCUCCAGACCCUCUUCUGAUCCUUGCUCACAGGGCCCCUUUGUGAGUGUCUCAGUCUGGGGGUGCCUCCCUGGGGGUCUCAGUGCCUGGAGUCAGCAGGCCCUAGGGAUCCCUCUGCGAGAUCUUAAAGCUAUUUGGAGACCCCAAGAGUUUCCUCACCUGAUGUUCCUGCCCUGUUCCUGCCUGUCUGUGUGUCUGUCCUGACCUCCGGAGGUCAGCUCACUGCCCGACGUCUCCCUGCUCUUGGUGGCAGCGGAAGCAGCAGCAGAGACCUCUCCCUUGCCCUCAGCCCCCUCCUGGGUAGAGAAGCCCUUCCAGCCACUCCCCUCCAGGUGCCUCUGCAUCUGUGAAUGAGUUAAUCAGGGCUGAGCCUCCUUCCUCUGCUCAGCCAUGAAAUCAUGGUAAUAAAGGCUGGAUCUAGAGUUUGUAUCUCCCUCACCUGGUCCCUUUGUGACGCUCAUUAAAACCUGCCCACUCCUUGGAAA